AAACUUAUCUAAACCCAAUCAUUACCAGUUUCAGUUUCAGCAAUGAACAAAGUAACCUUUUUUGAAUACUUUACCAACACUUCCAUUUUAUGGUCACACAGAAUCCUUUUCACUUUUUGUCAUAGAACUUUGAGUUUUUGACUUGUUAAAACCAGAAAGACUGAAUAAUUGUUUUAAAAUGCAAUCACCGCAUACUGAUGACGAGGAGAGCUCCGAUGAGGAUGCAUCUCUCACCGCUCCUACUGCCGAUGCUGUUAUCCAAAUCGAUUCAUCUAGUAGCAGCGACGACUCAUCCAGCGACGACUCUUCCAGCGACGAAUCAUCCAGCGAAGACUCAUCCAGCGAAGACUCAUCCAGCGACGACUCAUCCAGCGACGACUCAUCCAGCGACGACUCAUCCAGCGACGACUCAUCCAGCGACGACUCAUCCAGCGACGAGUUAUCUGGCAACGAUUCACCAUGUCCCGAGACUAGCGGUUUGGCUGAUAGUCCAACUCAUAUAGAAGAUGAAAUUUGGAAUUCGGAGCCGACUAAUGCGCCGCAAGUGGAGGUAGAUGCUUCCAAUCUCGUGUUGAACCCGUCUUUCCACAUGCAGGGCGUUCCAAUGAAUGGCGACAUGGCUGGCCCAAGCUUAAAUCCAUUCAUAGGAGACGAAUUUCACGAUGGUUCCACCACGGACAAUUUCGAGGAUGUGUGUGUUCCAGACAACAGCGAGGAUGUGGCUGUUGCUGGUCCAGGCAUACAGAUGAACGAAAACCCACAGACAAGCUCUUCACAAAUAUCGAACACAUCCCAUUUUAUAAUUAAUUUGCCGCCAACUCGUCGUCGACGCACCGCACCGGCCUACUUCGAUGAUCCGGAAUCAAUUGGAGCGCGUGUGGUCAAGCGUAGUAGAGGCAACACUGCCCCUAUUGAAUUAGCUACACCCUUAGACGUAACAAACUACUUUCAGGAGGUGUCUGCCCGAUUGGUGACCGAGCGCGUGAGCCAGCAGGCCUUUCUGCAGCUUUCCAAAACCUCUAAUCUCGCAGUGCAAAAAGCCAUAGCUAGCUCCAAAAGAGCCUUGGGGGAGGCCCCUAAGUAGGGCUUUCACAUUGAGAAGAUAAUUAUUGAUUUAAUAAUAAACAAUACAACAUUGUGCGUACGCCUCAAUACUUCGGCAAGCGCAUGGACGCGUGUAUGUACAUAAA